UGAUCUUCCAAACUUGGUCAUGUUCUUCGUUCUGCAGCCAAACACUCCUGAGCUCGACUCUCUCAGACAGCAGUCAUGGCUCGCUGCAGGAGCUACUUGCGAGGACUCGCCAUCUGUGUCACUGUGCUGCUACUGGUGUCUGGUGUGGUGAUGAUGGGCGUCGGAUUUGCCUCCAUCGACGGCAACACGCCGGUUGCUGAGUUGUUUGACCAGUUGUCCAGUAGUGAUGGUUUACUGGUCCUGCAGGUGUUUGGUCCGGUCACAGUGAUUUUGUCUGUUCUGGGCAUCUGUGCUGCAACGCUGGACCUCAAACCUCUGCUGCUGGUGUUUUCUGCUCUGAUUUUCGUGGAGUUUGUGGCUCUGAUGGUUGUUGCCUCACCGCUGGUUCAGGUCCAAGCUCAGAUGGACGGCGCGGUGGACGAGGUGUUCCUGAACGUAACUCCCCUCCACAGAGCAGAGCGCUACAUCCAGAGCGAACUGAACAAACUGCAGACCUCCAACUCCUGUUGUGGUUUGAGGAGUUUUGAGGACUGGGAGAAUCAACUUCCUGCGUCCUGUUUCUGCACGCCGCCCGCUCCUCCUCCUGCCUCCGACCUGCAGCCGAGCUCUCAGUCUGGGAACUCCAGCUCCGACGGACCCUGUGUGAUGGUGGGCAGCGACCUUUACCCCCCCACCUCACAGCUCACGGAUAAAUUAUGGGUUCAUUCAAAGCCCUGCGGUCCCAUCCUGAAGAGCUACCUGAGCUUCCCCAUCAAGCUCAGGAUCGGAAUCAUCUCUGCCUUCGCCACCAUCACGAUGGCGGCCAUUGCUCUGUGUCUGGCGCUCGGCCUGGAGAAAUACUGGAGGACGCCGCCAGUAGAAACGACAGUCGAUGACUUCAACAGAGUGAAAUAUCAGCCUAAGCCCUCCCUGACCUGACCUCUGACCCCUGACCUCAUCACUUCACGCCGCUUCGUCAUUCACUCUUUGAGGAAUCUUUGUUCCAAACAGCGUUUUUAUAUUCUACAGAAACGGCGACUUGGACUGGUGCUGCUUUGUGUGAUCGCAGGACGCCUUUAAAGACGCUUUCAACAACAUCGUGUUAAAGAAGAAAGGGCAUCGCCAGAAGUGCGCUCUGUCUCUCAUCAUAGUGGUCUCACAGUCUCAGUUAGACAGGAACCAUGUGGGGCCCCUGCAGGGGGGUUUUCAGCUGGAUGUCAUUUCAAAAGGGUCUUCCUCGUACGGAGCCAGAAUGGCGGUGUGAAGAAGAGCUUUGACUGCUUCUGUCUCUGCUUCUGACCAGAUGUUUGAAAACUGUAUCCAGUCCUGAUGCUGAUGUGGUGUUUUGUGGAGGGUCGAGUCCAGCAGCUUCCUAAAGACUCCUCUCAGAGUCCCCAACGCCGACACUCAGCUCAGGACUGAAGCAGGAGGAGGGGCUGCUGGUCCUGAUAAAUAAACUUUGUGUUAUCAGUGAUGUUCGUGUGGUCUUUAGUUGUAGUUCCCCCUGCAGCCACCAGAUGUCAGUAAUGAUAUAAAUUAGCAGCCUGCAGCAGGUCAGCGAGUUGUUUUUGGUUAAAUCAGGUCAAAUUCCUCCGUUUAAGCCGGUUUCCUCACAGCUUCACUUCACUUAAAGCUUCCCUGAUAAAAGUUUUGAGAAUAAAUGAUACGACAGAUUACUGGAACAUGAAAGAAACAAAUGUCAUUUCUGUCGAGAUAAGUUCACGGUCUGUUAAAUAGCAGACCCACAAACACCAGCUCCCACACACACAACGACUUGAUUGCCAAACUCUGUUACUCAUAUGAGAAACACUGUAAGUGCACCUACAAAGAAUGUGGCGGUCUGAUGCUGCUGGUAAACACGGCUCAUGAACAGGCUCGGUUUUUCAGACCAGAGGCCUCCUCCGUUAGUCUGUUUAAAAUAAGUCCAGAUUCUGGUUCCAGCCACACAGCGUGGUCUGCAGGGUCCUGUUUAAAUGGUUCCAGCAGUUUGAUCUACUGGUUCCAGGAGCACAUCCUACAGGUAUGAGCAGUCUGUACAGGUUCAAACAGGUGUCCCCGUGAAUCAGAGUUUAUAUUUCUAUAUUAUCAGAAGGAGCAGCGGCAGAAGAAAAGCUUUAACUGAGGUAAAAGUACUGAACAAAAAGUAUGUCUGCAAAUGCACUUAAAAGUACUCAUCCUGCAGUAAGAUAAAAUAAAAACUGCAUUAAACAUCCCAACCUGGGGGUCGGGCCCCUCCGAAGGGUCGCCAGAUGAUUCAGAUCUUUGGGAUUCGGACAGUAACCUGACAUGAAAUGUGACUGAAGACCCCCAACAGGCCACAGCUCUUCAGACGGGACCGAGAAACAUGGAACCUUUUCGUCUUUGACAGGACGUCAUGUUUUAUAAGCUCAUCAUGUGUCGUUGUAUUUAAAACGCAAAGUGACGACGAACGCCGAGCCUCAAAUAAAUGCAUCGUGUGGAAGUUCAGUCUUUUUCUUCUUCUGUGUCUCCUG